AUGCCGUCCUCAUCACUCUUUCUGAGGUCGAGCACCACACUCGUUUCUGCUUUGUUGUUGCUUUCUUCGUCUGCUUUUGCUGAUACUUCAACCUACUAUGCGCUGGACACGGAAUAUUCGGGCUCAAAUUUCUUCGAUGGGUUCAACUUUUUUGCGGACGCCGAUCCGACCCAUGGCUUCGUCACUUAUGUUGAUGAGGGUACGGCCCGGGACAACAACUUGAUCUCUUCGAAUGGCGGGUCGGUACAAAUGAGAGUUGACAGCCAGAACCCAUACAAUGGCAACGUGGCGUACUCCGGUAUCAACGGGGUUGGACGGCCGAGUGUCAGGAUUGAAAGCGUCAAGUCGUGGACACAUGGUCUCUUUGUCGCCGACAUCAAACACAUGCCUACCACGACAGAUGGCUCAGGCUGCGGUGUCUGGCCGGCAUUCUGGACUCUCGGUUCUGGCACGUGGCCUUAUAACGGAGAAGUCGACAUUAUCGAAGGUGCCAACAACCAAAACACCGUCCUAACCGCGGCCCACGUUGCUGGCACCUGCGUUAUUUCUCAAAGUCCCUUUGAAAUGACCGGUACUUCGAACGGUGUCAACUGUCAGUACGACGUCAACACGGGCGCCAAUGCGCAAGGUUGUGGUGCUUUCGACACCCACUCCAACAGCUACGGACCGGGCUUCAACUCCAACCGAGGCGGUGUCUAUGCGAUGGAGUGGACUUCGGACGCCAUCAAGAUCUGGUUCUUCCCCCGAAACUCCAUCCCUUCGGACAUCGCGUCUGGAACUCCUGACCCUUCGGGUUGGGGAUCGCCGGCCUCCAUCUUCAACGGCCCAGGCUGCGAUAUCGAUGCCAACUUUGAGGAUCACAGGAUCAUCUUUGACACCACCUUCUGCGGCGACUGGGCUGACGCGACCUGGUCCAGCGGUGGUUGUGCAGCCAGAACGGGCGUGAAUUUAUCAAUCCCGACCCGUCACCACGACAACUUCAACUUCUACCACAACUUCUACCACAACCUCGACCUCGACAACUACAACUACAACUACGACUACGACUACAACCACACUGGUCACCACGGCAUCGACACCAUCAUCGACACCGUCAUCAUCAUCGACCUCGACAACCACAACCACGCUGGUCACCUCAACGAGCCCCGUGUCCACCCAGUCAAGCAGCACAUCGGCACCCACAACCGCAGUACAUCGGUACCCACAACCGGUGGGCCUGUCAUCGACACGACCAGCUCAACUGUGACGACCACGCCGUAUGUGCCCACUACAACCCCCAGCAGCUCCACCAGCCUUCCUGAGACAAGCACCACGUCGCAAUCCGUUACAGGAGGACCUUUCUUCCCCAGCAGCAGCAGCACCAGCACCAGCAGUAGUAGUAGCACCCAUUACGGCGGAGGGCCAGCGACGACGUCCGAGCCAUUCACCGCCACUACUACGACCUGGGCAGACUGGUCCGGCCCGAGCUCCAGCCCCGUGAGCCUCAGCACGCCUGGUUCAUCGAGCUCGUCAACCUUCCAGUGGCAAGACUGGACCACCUCGAGCACCAAGCCUGUUGAUCCGGCGACGACAACGUCAGCGACAACGUGGGGCGACUGGAGUGACUCGGACUCGAUCGUGACCGUGACAAUUACCAGCUAUACCACCAAGACCACCACCAUCACGACCACGCACUGCGGCUGCACCGAGACGCCCGUGCCCACGGCGUGCAUGACGACCGUGACCUUCACACCGUCUGCCGGCUGGCCAUUCAGCAAGCCGAUCGUCGCGACCGUGCCGUGCGCAGCCCCGGCUGGAAACACCUCGCCGCCCGUCGUGCCGACCUCGACCGCUCCGGCUCCAGGACCGAGCGGAUCCUGGGGCUGGGGUAGCGGCAGCGGCAGCAGCAGCAGCGGCAGCGGCAAACCCGUAUCGCCUGUCUCUGCGGCCUCGACGGGCACGGACACAGGAAGCGCGUGGGUGAGCCCGAGCGUGACCCUCGCGACCACCUUGACAGUCGCGCCCGUGCAGUCUUCCGCGCCCGCGUGGGUCGCCGCGGCCAGCAACUCAGCCACGCCGGUCACGCCGGUCACACCGGUCGCUCCCGCGAGCACCAGCCCCUGGGUGGCGCAAUACACCGGCGCCGCGGGCCGCACGACACUGAACGGCCUUGCCAUGCUCUCGGCCAUCGCGGUCGCGCUGCUCGGCGUGUUUGCUCUGUAA